AUGCACCGCGUGCCUCCAGCUCACCCCGUCACUGCUGCCCUCCCUGGCCCCACCUGCCUGCAGAGCCGGUUUGGGCAGGACCAGGGCGGCGUGCCCACGUGCCAGCGCUGCCUGCAGAAGGGGCACUGGACGUACGAGUGCAAGGGCGAUGCGGUCUACCAGAGCCGCCCCACACGCACCCAGCAGCUGAAGAACCCACGGUCCCGCCCUAAGUUCCUGGAUGCCUCUGAGCUGCCACCGGAGCUGCGCGACAAGGAGGCGGCAGCGGGCAAGAAGGAGGAGGAGGGGGACAAGCACAGGAAGCGCGGGCGGGGCAAGGCCGGCGGCAGCGGCGGCUCAUCCAGCAGCAGCAGCAGCAGCAGCGACAGCAGCAGCAGCGACAGCGACACCUCUGGAUCCUCCUCCAGCAGCUCUAGCAGUUCUAGCAGCGGCUCCAGCAGCAGCAGCGACAGCGAGAGCAAGUCCUCGGGCUCUUCCUCCAGCGGAGGCAGCGGCUCCUCGUCUGAAACCAGUGGCUCAUCCGGCAGCAGCAGCAGCGGCAGCGGGAGCAGCAGCUCUUCCGGCAGCAGCAGCAGCAGCAGCGAGUCGGAGGGCGGCGGCGGCGGCGGCCGGCGCAAGGGCAGCAAGGGCGGCAAGGGCGGCGGCGAGCGCGCGCAGCACAAGCGCGCGCGGCUGUCGGAGGCGGCCCAGCGUGACGCCGCUGCGGCGCAAUACUACGAGGACGGCGGCAGGCAGAAGCGGCGCAGCCGCAGCCGUGAGCAGGAGCGGCGGCGGCGCUCGCCCGCCUGA